GCCUCUCUCAGAGGGCUCGGCCGCCAGCCACCGAGCGCAGGGCCCGGGCCGAGCGGGGCCUGGGGCUGCGUCGCCGCCGGGGGAGCGCGCGCCGCCGCGGCUCCGGGACCGGGCCUCGCGCGCCGCCGCCGCCGCAGGAUCUGGACUUGGAAUCUCACGUUUCUGGGGCGCUGUGGAGCUGCUCUGAUUGCAGCCUGACUUCUCUGCAAGUGACUUGAGGCUCUGAGGCCCCCAGCCCCUCAGCCCUGCUACCAUGGGGUCCGAGGACCACGGCGCGCAGAACCCCAGCUGUAAGAUCAUGACGUUCCGGCCGACCAUGGAGGAGUUCAGGGACUUCAACCGCUACGUGGCCUACAUUGAGUCCCAGGGCGCCCACCGCGCAGGCCUCGCCAAGGUCAUCCCCCCCAAGGAGUGGAAGCCGAGGCAGACUUACGACGACAUCGACGACGUAGUGAUCCCGGCGCCCAUCCAGCAGGUGGUGACUGGCCAAUCAGGGCUGUUCACGCAGUACAACAUCCAGAAGAAGGCCAUGACCGUGGGUGACUACCGCCGGCUGGCCAACAGCGAGAAGUACUGCACGCCUCGGCAUCAGGACUUUGACGACCUGGAGCGGAAAUACUGGAAGAACCUGACCUUCGUGUCCCCCAUCUACGGCGCGGACAUCAGCGGUUCCCUCUACGACGACGACGUGGCGCAGUGGAACAUUGGGAAUCUGCACAGCAUCCUGGACAUGGUGGAGCGCGAGUGCGGCACCAUCAUCGAGGGCGUCAACACGCCCUACCUGUACUUUGGCAUGUGGAAGACCACCUUCGCCUGGCACACGGAGGACAUGGACCUGUACAGCAUCAACUACCUGCACUUCGGGGAGCCAAAGUCCUGGUAUGCCAUCCCCCCUGAGCACGGGAAGCGGCUGGAGCGCCUGGCCAUAGGCUUCUUUCCCGGCAGCUCCCAGGGCUGUGACGCCUUCCUGCGCCACAAGAUGACCCUCAUCUCCCCCAUCAUCCUCAAGAAGUACGGCAUCCCCUUCAGCAGGAUCACGCAGGAGGCGGGAGAGUUCAUGAUCACCUUCCCCUAUGGCUACCACGCCGGCUUCAACCACGGCUUCAACUGCGCCGAGUCCACCAACUUCGCCACGCUGCGCUGGAUCGACUAUGGCAAGGUGGCCACACAGUGCACGUGCCGCAAGGACAUGGUGAAGAUCUCCAUGGACGUGUUCGUGCGCAUCCUGCAGCCCGAGCGCUACGAGCAGUGGAAGCAGGGCCGCGACCUGCCGGUGCUCGACCACACGCGGCCCACGGCGCUCAGCAGCCCUGAGCUCAGCUCCUGGAGCGCCGCGCGCGCCUCGCUCAAGGCCAAGCUCCUGCGCAGACACCUUAGUGAGAAGGACAGCAGGCCCAGCAGGAAACCCGAGGAGGACAGGCGGCCCCCCCGCAGGCCCGGGCUGGCGUCCCACCGGAAGCGGAGCCAGCCCAGAAAACCCAAGGCCGAGGACCCCAAGUCCCCCGGGGAGGGGGCUGCCCCCCUGGAGGAGACGCCCCAGGACGGGGAGCGUGAGGAGGAGGAGGAGGAACUGGGCACUGCAGAGGGUACAGAGGAGGCCAAGCCGCGGCUCCCCAAGGCCCGAGCUGAGCGCAGGAAGAAGCAGAGCAGCCCCCCGCCCGCCGCCCCGCGCCCCUGCGGCGACCAGCACCCCCGGGAGCCCCCGCCGCUCCCCGAGGAGGGACCCCCGCCCGCCGCCCCCCUCAACGUGGUUCCCCCAGAAGCGCCGGGGCAGGAGGCCCCUCGACCCAUCAUCCCCAUGCUCUACGUGCUGCCGCGGCCCGCGGCCCCCGAGCCCCCUGCGCCCAUGGAGCUGGCGGGCGCCCAGCCCCAGCCGGGGGACACGCAGGGCCCCCCCACCUUCUCCAAGCUGAAGAUGGAGAUUCGAAAGAGCCGGCGCCACCCCCUGGGCCGCCCGCCCACCCGCUCCCCGCUGUCCGUGGUCAAGCAGGACGCCUCCAGCGACGAGGAGGCCUUCCCGCUGUCUGGGGAGGAGGACGCUGGCGACCCCGAGGCCCCGCGCUCGCUGCUGCUGGCGCUGCAGUGGAAGAGCCGGCCCCCCAACUUCCCGGCCGAGCGCAGGUUCAACGCCGCGGCGGCGCGCACCGAGCCCCACUGCGCCGUCUGCACCCUCUUCUACCCCUACAGCCAGGCCCUGCAGGUGGAGAAGGAGCCUCCGCAGGCCCCGGCACCGCUCCCCCAGCGAGGGCGCAGGACGCGGCCGCUGGUCCCCGAGAUGUGCUUCGCGUCCAGUGGCGAGAACACGGAGCCGCUGCCGGCCAGCUCGGGCAUCGCGGAGGACGGCACCAGCCUCCUCAUCGCCUGCGCCAAGUGCUGUCUGCAGGUCCACGCCAGUUGCUACGGUACCCGCCCCGAGCUGUUAGGCCAGGACUGGACGUGCUCCCGGUGCUCGGCCCACGCCUGGACCGCGGAAUGCUGUCUGUGCAACCUCAGAGGGGGAGCCCUGCAGAUGACCACGGACGGCAGGUGGAUCCACGUCAUCUGUGCCAUCGCAGUCCCCGAAGUGCGCUUCCUGAACGUGACAGAGCGCCACCCCGUGGACAUCAGCGCCAUCCCUGAGCAGCGGUGGAAGCUGAAAUGCGUGUACUGCCGGAAGCGCAUGAGGAGGGUGUCGGGCGCCUGCAUCCAGUGCUCCUUUGAGCACUGCUCCACGUCCUUCCACGUCACCUGCGCCCACGCCGCGGGCGUGCUGGUGGAGCCCGACGACUGGCCCUACGUGGUGGCCGUCACCUGCUGCAAACACAAGGCGGCCGGCCACGGGGCGCAGCUGCUGCGGGAGGUGGCGCUGGGCCAGGUCGUCAUCACCAAGAACCGCAACGGGCUGUAUUACCGCUGCCGCGUCAUCGGGGCCUCCGCCCAGACCUUCUACGAGGUCAACUUCGAGGACGGCUCUUACAGCGACAACCUGUACCCCGAGAGCGUCACGAGCAGGGACUGUUGCCGCCUGGGCCCCCCGGCGGAGGGCGAGCUGGUGGAGCUGCGCUGGACGGACGGCAACGUGUACAAGGCCAAGUUCAUCUCCUCCGCCACCGUGCACAUCUACCAGGUGGAGUUUGAGGACGGGUCUCAGCUGAUGGUGAAGCGGGGAGACCUCUUCACGCUGGAGGAGGACUUGCCCAAGAGGGUGCGGUCCCGGCUGUCGCUCAGCACCGGGGCCCCCCAGGACGGCAUCUUCUCCGGCGAAGACGUGAAGGCCGCCAAGCGCCCCCGGGUGGGCGCCCCCCGCACGCCCGCCGAGGACUCGGGGCGCCACCCGGACCCCCAGGCCUUUGCUGAGGGUCAGCCGGGGCCCCCCUUCUAGGACGGGCGCCCCCUCCCCGCUCGGGACCGGCCGCCCCGGGCCCCCUCGCCUCGCGGCCGGCUGGCGGGACGGGGCGCGGCCCCCCGGACUCAGGGAGCGAGCGGGGCACGGGGGUCCAGCCUGCCCCCACAAGCUUUCUUCAAGGUGCUAUACCUGCCCUGCCCCGUGACUGUAAAUACCCUUUGUGACGCCUCUUUCUACCACACUCCCGUUGUUUAAAAAAAACAAAACAAAAAAAACGGAACCCGGGGAAAAGGGAGGAAGCAGAAGGGGCACCGAGCGCCCGCCCCGCACCCUGCAGCGCGCUGUGGCCUGGCCUGGGGGCGGGGACAGACACACGGACUGUCUUUCCUCCUUUCCUUUUCUACGUUGCUCCUCUUCUCACGCCCCCCAGCCGGAGAGCAUUAUUGGGGUGCCUCCGUUUUUUUUCCUGGGGGCGCUUUUUGCUGUUGCUGUUGAUUUUCAACCUGACCCGCGUCCCGGCGAGCCAGGGCCUUGGCUGUGACUUGGGGUGAUGGGGCCCCACCCCAACUCUGCAAAAUAAACGCGCUGUCUCCUGGUUUC